AUGCUCCAGUUGCUGCUGCUCUGUGGGACACUGGGCCAGGCAGCCCCACUGGCCUUCACCAUGCUGCAGUGGACCCGCGUCUCCAAAGGCAGCUCCGUCUUUUGGGGGAACGCCAGCCUGGAUGGGCAGCUCAGCCACCUCCUGGAGGGGCUCAACGUCACCCAGGUGCUACCACUAGAGUCCCCCGAGGCCUGGGCCCGGCGGCAGCAGGAGGUGAUCACCUACCUGCAGUACUUUGCCCAGUUGGUCCAGGUCUUCAGCAAGGAGAGGCCCAUCAACUACACCCAAAGCCUACGCUGCCGCCUGGGCUGCCACCUCUUCCCCAAUGGCACGGCCCACAGCUUCUAUGAGGUGACCCUCAACGGGACGGCCUUCCUCACCUUCCACGUCCCCAAUGCCACCUGGCAGCGACGCUGGCCCCAUGGGGACGCAGUGGCCGCCUUUGCUGAGCGGGAGCUGAUGAAGUACCCCAUAACCACCCAGGAUCUCCAGCAUUUCCUCAACACCACCUGCGUCGGCAUCCUGCAGGCUCAGAGCGCCGGGACGGGAAAGCAGAGCAGCCGGUCGCACACCCCGCUGGUGUUGGGCUUGAUCCUGGGGACCUUCGCCUUGUUGGGUAUGGCCGUUGGGAUCUUCUUGUGCACAGGAGGGAGCUGCUAG